AUGAGCGAGGCGCACCGGCUGCUCUUCUGCGUGAUCCCGAAGAAUGCCGCCUCGGAGUUCCUGGGCCUGCUGAUGCGGCUGGAGGGGCUGGGGCCCGAGCACUGGAACCCGACUGGAUCGCGCCACCACCAGAUGAACAUCCACGCGGACCCAGGCACUCUGGGCAUGCGCGUCACUUCGCGGCGCGCGCUCGUGGAGGCGGCGCUGCGCGGCGGCGAGGGCUGGGUGCGGGCAGUAGUGCUGCGCGACCCGGUGCAGCGGUUCUUGUCGGCCUACGGCAGCAAGGUGCGGCACGGCCACUUCAAGCAGUACCCCUCCAACAUGACCCUGCCGCAGCUCGUCUCGCAGCUGGAAGCCGAGGGGGGCGUCGGGGGGGCCACGGAGUUCCACCUGCGGCCCCAGAGCUACAUAUCUCGGGGGGGACACGCCCGAAUUAACUCUAUCGAGCGCUACAACGUCGUCGGGCGCUUCGACGAGCUGGACGCCUUCGCCCGGCGGGUGGUCACCGCGGUCGCUGGGCCCGAGCGGGCCUCGGCCCUCCUCGACCGCGGCUGGGGCUACACCCGCGACCAGCCGCUGUUCGCCGAACGGCGGGAGGUGCGCGAGGCUGCCAGGCCGGGCCUCGCGAUGGUGACCACGAACUCGCGGGCCGAGGCCGCGCUGCAGGGGAACGCCAGUCUGCGGGCCCGCAUCGCGAGGCUGUACGAGGUGGACUACACGCUGCUGGCCCGCGCGGGAGUGCCCCCAGCUGUGGCGGCGACGCCUGCGGCGACCCCGGGCGUGCCGUCGGGCAGUGUCGCGGAGGGACGGUCGUCCAUGCAGAACGAGCCGCGCAGAGCUCUGCCAAUGGCUGGUGCCGACCCGAGCAUCUGCCUCAAUGAGGGGGACCAGGCGGCACGCAUCCAUGAGCCUCCGACGACCAAUUGGUCGAAGUGA